UGGUUCUGUUACGUGUUGGCUAAGCGAGAGAAAAGCCAAGUGAGUCCCACUCCCUUUCUCUACGGCUGUUUUUCACUUCUCGAAUUGCUAAAUUCGCUUCGAAAAACCCUUUUUGCCGAAGAACUGCGAAUAGAAAGGGGAUUUCAUAAUUUCAUGUUUUGGAUUUCUUGUAGAGGUGAACCGUUGAAGUCGAACGAGGUGGAAUGAAUUCUCGCUUGUAGAUUACGGAGAUGAGGUAGGAGUUGCUGCUGCUGAUACUGGAAGUGGUGGAUGGGAGUUUUUUGGUGUGGAAAUUAACUCAAAAUGCGAAAAUCUUUCAAGGACUCCCUUAAGGCUCUCGAGGCUGAUAUUCAGUUCGCCAAUACCUUGGCUUCUGAUUAUCCGAAAGAAUACGAUGGAGCAUGCCUGCAAAUGAGAUUAUCCUAUAGCCCGGCUGCGCAGUUUUUUCUCUUCUUCGUGCAAUGGACUGAUUGUCAUCUUGCUGGUGCAUUGGGCCUGCUCAGAAUUUUAAUAUAUAAGGCAUAUGAAGACGGGAAGACUACCAUGUCUAUUCAAGAAAGAAAGGCUAGUCUCAAAGAGUUCUAUGGGGUGAUAUUUCCUUCGCUAGUGCAACUUCAAAAAGGAAUUACUGACAUAGAAGAAAGAAAACAGAGAGAAGUUUAUGCUGCAAAAUUCAAAAGAACAGAUCGGUUGAACAAAGGAAAGAUUUCUGAAAUCGACUUGGAAAGAGAGGAAGAAUGCGGUAUUUGCAUGGAGCUAAACAACAAGGUUGUCUUGCCUAAUUGCAAUCAUUCAAUGUGCAUGAAGUGCUACAGGAGUUGGCGCACUCGAUCGCAAUCAUGCCCCUUCUGCCGUGACAGUCUAAAAAGAGUCAACUCUGGAGAUCUUUGGAUAUGUACCAGUAGUAGUGAAAUUGUCGACUUAUCCUUCAUCUCUAGGGACAAUCUGAAGAGGCUUUUCAUGUUCAUUAAUAAGUUGCCUCUCAUUGUUCCUGAUCCAAAACUCAUCUCUUAUUAUCUGAAUCAUUAUUGAACACUCCAGGCUUGUCCCGGAAGUAAUCUGUAAAUAAAGACCCAUUACCCUUGUUGUGCAUAAUUCUUAUCAGCAUAACGUGCACAUCUAAAAUUUCCACAUGCACCCCUGUUGUGAAAGUCUGCUAAAUUUUUUGUUAUCUGAAGCCUGCUCCAAGUCUUCCAUCAUUACUAUUUAGGCCGUCUUAACUCAACUUUAUUCCUGGGCUCUUGUUAUCCCGAAAACAGAUUGAGGCUGUGGAAUCACGCUUGACAAAACGAUGAAGAUGAUGGCAUGCGGUACUCAAUCACCAGGAGUAUUUCGAGCAACCACGUGUAGGAGAAAUGCCAAAUGGGGUUUACCCGAGUAUAAAAAAGAAAAUGGAAGUCGAGGGUGUCACGAGCAUUUGUCCUCAUCAAAUCCAAUUUUUCAUACUAAAAAUAGGGGUUUUCAAAAUGAUUCGACGAACUAUAGUGAUUGAGAAUUUAGAGUUUGAUUUUCUAUUCUCACUUUCCUUCUUAGAUCUGAUGCAUUUCAGAUACUCCGCUGCAAGAAACUGUGCAGCAGACUAUCGUGAGUUCUCGUUGGUUUCUUGGGAUGAUUCUUGCGUCAUCGACUUUGCUUUUGUGUAUGGGCAUUCAAUUUUAUUUCCUCU